CCGCCCCGCCGCUCAAAUAGCGGCCGCGGCUCACGGCAGCGCAGCCGCCCCCGCCAUGGUGACCACGGCGAGAAGGCAGCGCCCUGGAACCCCGCGGCGUCGCGGCCGCGGUGGCUUCACCGGCCUCUGCCCGCGGCGCCCGGCUCUGUGGACGCAGCCGAGGACAGCGGAGGUGCCGCCGCCGCUGGGGGAGAGCCCGCAGGAGCUGCAGGCUUUCCUCGACUACGGGGAGAGCUGGUACCGCUGCCACAAAGGGCUGGAGAGCCGCUUCCAGCCGCAUGAGCCGCUUGCCUGUCAGCCGCAGGUGACAGCGGAGGCACGCUGCAAGCUGAUCAGCUGGCUCAUCCCGGUGCACCGGUACUUCGGCCUGUCCUUCGAGGCUCUCUGCCUGGCUGUCAACAUCCUUGACCGCUUCCUCACCACCACGCCCGUGGCCGCAGAUUGCUUCCAGCUCCUGGGGGUGACGGCGCUGCUCAUCGCCUGCAAGCAGGUGGAGGUGCAUCCCCCCAGCGUGAAGGAGCUCCUCACCCUGUGCUGCGAUGCCUUCACCCGCCAGCAGCUCCACAACCUAGAGCGUGUCAUCCUGCACCGCCUGAGCUUCGACCUGGCGGCACCCACUAUCAGCUUCUUCCUGGAGCACUUCAGCCAAGUGCGGCUGCAGGUGCCGGGGGCCGACGCGAGGGAGGCAGCAUAUGCCAGGAGCCUGGCGGAGGGUGUAGCGGAGCUCAGCCUGGCCGACUAUGCCUUCGUCAAAUACACCCCUUCCCUGCUGGCUGCUAGCAGCCUGGGGCUGGCAGACCGGCUGCUACAGCACCGCAACCCCCUGGACCUGCGGGUCAGCGGCUACCCUGAGGGGCUCCUGCGAGACUGCAUGGACCACCUGCAGCUCCUGGUGUCUCUGAACAGGCGGUUCCUGCUGCUCCUCCUGCCCCCUGAGCUGGCCCAGAAGUGCCCCUGGCUGCGGGGUGGCCGCUGACUGCGGGGUGUUACCGGCAGGGCUGUCUGUCAUUUGUACCUCAAGCAACCACAGUGUUUGCCUCGACCUUCACCUGAGCCAGCUCUGUGCAGGCUCGUUGUUUGUGCUCCGCAGAUCUGAUGUAGAGUGUGAUCAGCUGAGCGUUGGUGUCACUGGAGUUUUGAAAAACAGAUCACAUUUUGUGUACGAUGUUACUGUAUGUCAGUUGCACUGUCCUUUGCUGUUUUUUAAA